AUGCAGAAUAUAUCCGAUGUGUUAGAGUUGACCGAGAACAUACGUAACGUAUGCUUUCUCGCUCAUGUAGACCACGGAAAGACCACUUUGUCGGACUCUUUGAUCUCAAGCGUAGGAAUAAUAAGCGAAAAACUAUCUGGAAAGCUCAGAUAUUUGGAUAAUAGAGAUGACGAGCAGAGGAGGAUGAUAACUAUCAAGUCCUCAAGCAUCUCGCUCCUUUACUCAAAAUAUGAACAUUUUAACGACAAUAGUAAUAGUAGCUCGCCAAAAAAUGAUAAGGUGUUGAUUAAUUUGAUAGAUUCCCCAGGGCAUGUCGACUUUUCAAUAGAAGUUUCAACUGCAGCAAGACUAUGUGACGGCGCCUUGCUGGUAGUUGACGUUGUUGAGGGGAUUUGCCCCCAAACGAGAGCAGUUCUGAGACAAGCAUGGCUUGAAAACGUAAAAACUGUCCUAAUACUUAAUAAAAUUGAUAAGUUGAUACUGGAUUUGAAUAUGACUCCAUUGGAAGCAUAUAAGAGGAUGUGUAAUUUGGUAGAACAGGCAAACGCAUUGAUUUAUCAGCUGUUUAUGGAGGAAGUUAUGAAAAAAAGUGAUACACCAGACGUAACCAAGAGCGAAAAAUGGUUUUAUUCACCUUCAGAAGGGAAUGUAGUGUUCUGUAGCGCAAUCCAUAAAUGGUGUGUAUACAUACCGGAAUUCGUAUGCCAAGUAGGCCAGAGAUUAGGAAUUUCUCAGUCAAAGUAUGACGUAAUACAAAAAUCACUUUGGGGAGAAUACUAUUACUGUAACAAGACGAAGAGUGUAAAGGUGUGUAAGAAUCAAGAGAAGCCCAUGUUUGUACAGUUUGUUUUGGAUCAGAUUUGGAAGGUUUACGAUGCGGUCCUUAAGUGUGAUAUAAAUUAUAUUGAGAAACUAGCCGCACAUUCGAAUGUUAAAUUGACAUCGAGGCAAAUAAAAAUUCUGGAAACGACUAAUGAGAAACAAACUAACAAUUCGUCAUUAAAGAAUUUUGAGUUAUCGCCAGAUGAUCGAGAUGAUUUACUCCAGACCAUUUUAAGUAACUGGUUGCCAUUGUGUUCUGGAAUUUUCAGAUUAAUCGUAGAUUCAUUGCCUGAUCCAAUAACAGCAUCUAGAAAAAGAUUGAAGAAGAUAUGCCCAUCAAUAACCAACUACGAUAAUUAUGACAAGAUUAUUAACCUAGAACAGGAUGCACCAGUGGUACUACAUAUCGCAAAAUUUUUGGGAUCAGAUUUAAGUCAUAUGAGGCUGACCAGAGACGUGCUUCACGGUGAUGAACAAGCAGACGACUUCGUGGCCUUUUCCAGAGUCUUUAGUGGAAAAGUUUCCAAAGGAGAUGUAUUGUAUAUAUGUAAAUAUAAUGAUAAUAAAUUGAAAUCGGGUACAGUAAACUGUGUGAAUGAACUGGAUGAGGAUGAUGAGAGCAUGCAUAUCAAGGUUUCAAUAAAUAAAGUUAUGAUUCUCAUGGGCUCUGAACUUAUCGAAGUAGAUAAAGCAUAUCCAGGGAAUAUAGUCGCACUCUCAUUAUCUACUAACCAGACCAAUUUAAAUACAAAUACUCAAGAUCAUGUUAAAGAUGUAAUGGCAUGGUUGCUUUCAUUGACUGAUCCUCAUAGAAGAAACCUUUACACACUAGAAGGAGGAUAUAACAGGAAUAAAAUAUCAAGAACAAAAACACUCUGUUCAGUUGAUAGGCAUUUAACACUGUCAAGUGACCCACAGUUCCCACCAUUCUCACCACCAACACAUGAACUUAAUAAUUCUAUCAUAAGAGUGUCAAUUGAGCCGCAAAAUGUAAAGGAUAUGGAUCAAAUGUUGACAGGGCUAGCACUGCUAUACACAGCAGACCCUGCAGUUGAAAUUGAUAUAUUGAAAACUGGGGAGUAUAUACUAGCAUGUUGCGGAGAAAUACAUUUGGAGAGGUGUAUUUCAGAUUUGACGAAUUUGUAUGCAAAAAUCCCAAUCAACGUUUCUAAGUUGAGAGUCUCAAUACGCGAAGGCAUUGUGGACCUGAAGAAUAACAUUAGUUUGCACCUUUUAUCAAAAAAAGUCAAUUUUCCCCCAUGGAAGAGUGUAAGCUCAGAUGACCCGUUAAAGAGUCACAACGAAGAAUCGCAGAAGAACUCUCUUCAGGAAGACGAAGAGGGAUAUAAAUCAGAAGAUAAAUCGCAUAUACAAGUUAUUCCAGAGCUCUGGAUAACACAAGAUUCAAUAAACCAUGGCUUGGUGUAUUUUAAAAUAUCUGAGGAGUUCGUUUUAUUUUUAACAGCAAGACAAAUGAACAACUCAGUUCUACAAUACUUGGAUGAGAAUAGUAAGGACUUAAAGGGACUCAUUUAUAGCGGUGAAGUCCCUCACAGAUUUGAAGGGUGCACACUGAACGACUCCUUGAAUCUGGUACAAACUGAAAUUUACAAGCUCAUGAACACGAAUGCCAAACCAGGCAAAAGUGGAGUAAAAAUGAGUAAGGAUAAGAGUGCUGAGGGGGGAACAGCUUUGGGUGACCUUUGGGGGAUAAGCCUGAAUAAAGGAACAAGGUGUUUGUUGUUUUACAGAAAUAAUGGUCAGUACUUUGCAAAUAAAUCCCAAAACCUCUUAACUAAAAUGCAGUGGACUUUCAUAGACUCGUACAAUCGCAGUAGUAUAUUCUCAUUACAGAACUCAAAGUUAAUUUCUAAUAUAAUUUCUGGUUUUGAACUAGCAUCCCAGUCAGGUCCAUUAACUGAAGAACCACUCAGGGGAGUUGUGUUUGUGAUUGAAGGCAUUUACCUGAAUAAAGAUGACCAACUCAUAGGAUCGCCAUCAUCCUCAUCGAUUUCAUACAAUCAACUUAAAAUGCAAAGAAAUAAAGAUUCUAGGGAAGAUAACUUAAAUUCUUUAAACACAGACAUGAACAAGGACUUUGGUAAUAUUUUAAACAAGUAUACAAGCUCAUACAAAGAUGAGGGAAGCAAGCACAAAGAUGGGGAAAAUAAGGAUAAGGAUGAUAUUUCAAUGAAUAAAUCUGACGAGCUUAACGAAGUCGGGUCAAGUGGAGCAUCGCCUGAGACAUCAAUUCGCUUCAGUGACUCUUGCACAAUUACUUCUAAAAGAUCACAAACGCUGACCUCCUGGAGAAUAAUGACUAAUAUGCGUCAUCUGUGCCGCAAAGCAUACAUGCAAAGAGGAAGAACAAGGAUUUACGAAGUCAUACUGAGACUAGAUUUGCAAUGUGAACAAAACGUUCUGGGGAAAAUAUACAACGUUUUGCAGAAGAGAAGAACACAAAUACUGAGUGAGAAUGUGAAAGAAGGCACAACGACAUUUGUAAUCGAGGCUACAAUGCCAGCCAGUGAGUCCUUUGGACUAGCUCAGGACCUGAGAUCAAAGGCUUCAGGCGGUGUCAUUUUCCACCUUCAGUUCUCGCACUGGGAAAUGCUACCAGAUGACCCUUUCCCAGAAACCACAAUGACGGAUUCAGAACUUGAAGAUGAUGGAUUCAAUAUAACGCUUUUGUUGCAAUCUAACAUUCCAAGGAAGAUAAUCAACCACUUGAGGAAAAUCAAAGGGUUGGCGACAGAGGAAAAGGUGGUUGUGGCUCCAGAAAAACAAAGGACGCUUUCCACUAAAAAAUAA